AUGUUGGAUCGUGCAGUACUGCAUGACUUCUGGGAAGGGUUUGUCCACGUUCUGAUGCGUGCCCGCGUGGCUUCUGAUUCGAGUGUCCUGUCCAAUAAUUUGGACGUGCUGAAAAUUAAUACAAGUUUCGUCUAUGAACAGCCACCGGAUUGUAGGAAUCUGAUAGAAAGACUCAAGAACUGUUCCCGCGCGGAGCUCCUCAUUGAACUUCGCAAAAUUGACUCAUGGCACUUCGGGAAGUCCGAAUUGUAUCACUGGAUUGACGUUCUUGAUGUCUUGGAUUCUAUUCUGGAAGAAGCGGCGACGAGAAAGAAUGAAACAUCUUGGGUGCUAGCCUGUGAUUGUCAAGAUGAUAUCAGCAAGAAGGAACUGCUUCUCCGAAGCUUGCAUUUCUCGACACUCUUGGUCGAAAACAGCUUUUCUAGACACCUCUACUCGUCCUUGGACCAUCUGUUGUCUCUGCUGGGUUCAUCGGAUUUGGACGUGGUUCUCGCUACCCUCAAUCUCCUGUUCAUGUUUUCGAAGCGUUCUAAUUUCAUUUCAAGAUUAUCGCCUGAGAAGCGGCAGUUGCUGUUACCGUGGCUCAUCCACAUGGCUGAGAGUUGGGGCGGGAAGGAGUUCGGAUUCGGCCUAGUGCAAUGCGCCAGAGACGUGCCUUUGGAAGAAUUCCCGCGACACGUGACGACAGUCCAUUGCGAAUUCAGAGGAAACAACGAACCUGGUGGACCCGCAGUUGUACGUGUAGAAAGGGCGAAUGAACUUACACAGCCACUCGGUGAAGUAAUGGAUGAUUUGGUGGAGAAGAAUGCCGUUCCGUCUGGGAAACGAGUCUUGCUCUUCGUGUCUCUCCGGUUGGCAAAGAACUUUGGCACGUAUCGCAAACGUUUGCAGCUCAUUCAGGCCCGUCUUCAAGCGCUGUCGAUACUCAUCUACUCGAAAUCGAUGCCGCAGGAUACAAGCGUGAACUUACUUUAUCCCGGAUUUUUGGAGGAACUCAUUGAAAUGAUCGGCGUCCCGAACAAGGAUUUGAUGGGGCUGGGGAAGACUCGGUUUGGGUUCCCCACUGCUCUCACGCUCUUGCAGGAAAUUCGAGCUGCUGCCUUGAGAACGCUCACCGCUAUUGUGCUUCAUGAGUCCAUCAAAUUGCCUAGUAUCGUGGAUGCGACCGAAGCUGGGCUAUACCAUGGAUUUUUGCCCGUGCUUGUGAGGACGUGCAUCGCGUCAUUGACAGGGAAGAAAACUGGCGGUGGAGUGGGCGCCUCGGGGUCACCGCAAUUUCCGCUUCCGUUUGCCACGGCCUUGUUCAGCUUCUUGUACCACUUGGCGUCCUUUGAGCUGGGUGGAGAGGCGCUGGUUUCCAGUGGGCUGUUGGAAUCGCUGUUGAAAGUCGUCGCUCAUCCGGCCGACGAGGCUAAUUCAGACGUCGAGUACAUUCCGUUUGUGACCCGUGCUGUUCGUGUGAUCGAUCUGAUCACCAACCUAGACAUGCAGUCAUUUCAGCUGCACCAGGGACUCGCGAUUUUCAUUUCGAGAUUGGAGCUGGAAAUUGAAGCUUGUCGCAAGGAGCAGCCUUUUGAAAUUCGUGUGCCGAGAACCCAAAGGACAUCGCUGGAGUUGAUUGAUGAGUCUGUGGGGAACGUUGAUGAGCCGAUGUUGGAAGAAGGCGAUGUUCGCGUGGAACAAAUGGAUGUUCAGCCAGCUGUUGUUGAAAAGGAAAAUGGUUCGAGCGAAAUCCCCGCUGAGCCCGUGCAGAUUGAAAAACAAAUGCCUGCGAGGACUGAUUUGCAAUGUUUGACGCAACGUUCAGCUCUGCUCAAGUCCAUGCUGAAUUUCCUGAAGAAGGCCAUUCAAGACACUAUGUUUUCCGAGUCUAUUCGUCACGUGAUGGAAGGGAGCUUCCCGAACGUGCUGAAACACAUAGUAAGCAACGCAGAAUACUACGGAGCGUCCCUGUUUUUACUCGCAACGGACGUCGUGAUGUCAUACGUGUACACGGAACCGUCGUUAUUGUCUCCGUUGCAAGAAACCGGCUUGACGGAUGUGAUGCUGCAUGCGUUGCUGGUGAAGGAUGUUCCGGCGACGCGAGAAAUGUUGUCGUCGCUUCCGAAUGUACUGAGUGCCUUGUGUCUCAACGAAGCCGGACUGAAGGCGUUUCUAGAGUGUCAGCCGUUUAAUCGGCUGUUCGGGGUCUUGCUGAGUCCGUUUUACUUGCCUGCGAUGCGACGAUCGAGGCGGUCGAAUGGGUCGGCCACUGCUGGAGGCGGAAGCAAUGGGGCGGCUGCUGCAGCUGCCGCCGCUGCUGCCCCCGGGGACACCGCGUCUAAUUUGGGCACGUCGAUGGACGAGUUGAUUCGGAAUCAGCCGAGUGUUCGCGCUCCUGCGUUCAAAGCUAUCGUUGGAGUAAUGGAAGACCUGAUGUCUGCCGUCGGUGUUCACGUGGACGCCGUGAGCAGAGGCAUGUUGCGGGCUGCAGCCAGGAACGAGGCUGGCGACGGUAGGGGCAGCACGCGCAAUGUGUAUGGUGGGGGUGGUGUUGGUGGUGGUGCUAGGAGAGGCGCCGCACGUCGCGGGGGCGGCGUGGAUGGGCGGCAAGGCAACGGAAGACCAGAGGCCGGGAGCAGCGACGAAGACGACGAGGAUGACGAAGAAGGAUCCAGGCCGGUGCAAGUGAGCAGUCCGCGAUUGCCCGGCUCUCUCGCACUGGCGUCGGGUCGUGACGACGAAGAAGACCUUCCGAUGGCUGUUGUGAAUCCCACUUCCAACGGGGAAUCUGAUGUUUCCAGUCUGCAAGUGUCGGAAAGUGUUGCCACUGCGAGCACGCGUAUACCAGCCGAGAUUGCGGCGUCGUCGUCGUCGUCUUGUUCAGGGUGUCACGGAGGUGGCGGCAAGGCUGUUAUUGUGGGCAGUACGAGGGAACCGGUGCCUUUGGUCGACUAUAUUACAAAUGCGAUGAAAUUUAUCGAGGCGAUUCUGACAUCGAAUGCAACGGACGAUCAUUGCCACGAAUUCAUGAAGCAAGGCGGGAUCCGGGCAAUGCUGCAGAUCCUGAGCCUUCCGAAUCUUCCGCUCGAUUUUCCAUCAUCACACGCGUGUCACGCAGUGGCGAGUGUUGCCAAGUCACUGGUCACACUCACUAAGGACUUUACCGUGUUGAAGGACGGACUCGAGAGUUUGUUGGUGACGCUGGAUGCAGUGCAAAAUGCUCACAGAGCCCUGAUGACUGAUUCCUCGACUGCUGAAGGAGGAGAGAAGGAGGACACUGGGAAAAAGGAGGAAGAGUGUCGUGGGACAGCUUCUGCUGUGUUGAGAGAAUUGGCGAGGUGUAAACGUCCAUUGCAGGCCUUGAGCGAUCCUCGGUUGACGCCGUUGGCUCACGGUCUCGCCGCAGUACACGCCCACGUUGUGCUUUUUUCCAUGCUCUCUCGGUUUGGAAGCAAAAACCCGUCACUGCCUGUGCAAAGCGACAUGCGAGCCCUGUACUUGACCCACUGGGGCUCCAGCAAAGGAACGCAGGUCAUCAACGGGCUCCGACAGCUCUAUCACGCCAUUGUGUGGGAAUCCUCGUUGCUCCUGGGACUCUUUGGCGAAGACAGUGCGACCACGACGACGAAAACGAGACGAAGCCACAGUUUGGCGACAGUGGAAGAAGACUUGGAUGCGUUAUUGGCGGUGUUUCGUGCUCAGCAACCGACUGCGGCGGCGGCGGCGACGGCGACUCAGCAGACGAGUGAGGGAGCCGAGACAGAGAUGGACAGUGGCGGCAGUAGCGACGCCACGAUGAACUCGCCGUCGUUGCUUGGACAGGACAGCGGGGAACUGCGACGAGCUGCCGGAGAAAUGGGCAGCAACGGCGUCACGUCCGCCAUGCGGCAUUUGUCGACGGGCGAAGCGGCGGUUUCUAUGGAAGUUGAUUUGCCAGCUGCGCCGCCUCCACCGCCGCCGUCGGCUGGAAUGCGCAUGAGCGGUGUUGGCAGCCUGGAGAAGCUACAAGCUAUGCGGAUCGUGAAGCCCUUGUUCAGUUGUAUCACGAGGCUCGGUCGGGCCAUGACGGAUUUGUUUGGGCCGUUGAUCAAGGUGUCGUCGGGGUUUCAGCCGCGGAAUCGCCGAGCGCAGACGGCGUCGAGUCAGACGCCGUCGAUGCCCAUAGCUGCUGCCAAGCGUGUGUCUGCCGCCAUGGCGUCCAUGGUGACGUCGAGUCUGUUUUUUGAUCCGGCUGCCGUGCAGCAGCAGCAAGUGUGCGACGGCAAGACUUUCGCGAGUGGGACGUCGACGAUGACGACGACUGCGGUGCCGAGGAGAUACAGGCUCACGUGCUACGUGUGGGCCGUGGGUUUUGCAGGCUCUAUGCUGUUUGACGACAAGCGGUAUCCGUACUACUUGGUGUUGUACAAUUUCCUCAAGGCUCGUGGACUGGACUCCAUGUUCAAGUCUUUUUAUUGGGCGCUGAGUUGUUGCGACGCCAAGGAAAUUGGAGGAGGAGGAGGAGGAGAAGAAGAAGGAGACGAGCAGCCGGGAACGUUGAUCCCAGCUGUGGGAGAAUUCGUGGACGCCUGGCUUGUGUUGCUGGAGAAGCUGACAAAUCCGAAGACGAUGUUGGAGUCGCCGCAUACUUAUGUUGUGAAGGCGUCGUCGACAACAGCUGCGGCGUCUACUUCAGGCGACUCGGAAAUCCCGGAGCCGCACUUGGACCCGUUUGACCCCAACACGUUUUUGGCGAGGGUUCACCGGCAUGCGUUCCGAGCCUUGUUCACCCUUUGGCAUAAGGUCGCCGGGGUUAAUGGCCAGCAGCUGCAGCAACUGAUGGACAUGGGAUUUUCCUUUGAGAAUAGCAUGGACGCGCUUUUGUGCACGAAUACGUUGGAACAGGCGACGGAGUUUUUGCUAAACCCUCGACUUUUCGGACAUGGUAGUUCGGGUCCGAUUGGAAUUGACGUUGGUGGCGCUCUCGGAAUCAGCGAAGAUCUCAGCAUAGAUGAUCAAAUGCUGCGAGCUAUCGCGAUCUCCCUGGAAACCGCCACGACGCCAUCUGCGUCUGCAGAAGCUCCAAUAUCGACAGUGUUGGUACCGCCACCACCUCCACUCCUUCCGCCACCGGAUACUCCAAGCGAAGAAGCUGCCGCUCAAGCUAAUACCGAAGAAGUUACUCCUCCGUCGACUCUAGAAGCCCCUGCCCCGCGUCCCAUCGAAGAAGAAGUUCCUCUUGAAACUAUGGAAGAUAAGGAACCUGUAGUUGAGGAGAAAGUGAUGAAUGCGACGGAAGCGAAGGAAGUGAAAUUACCGCCGGCUGCGGCGGAGCAACAACAGCAGCAGCAGCAAGAAGAAGAGGAAGAGGAAGAGGAUCUGGGGGAAGACCCAACGAUCCCGAUGGAACAAUUCCGCGAUCAAGGUUUGGAAUGGUGCCUGGCCCUGCUGGACGAUCUCCCGGGUGUAGUGUUCCACGUGGCGGAGGUCUUGGGAUGCGCUGUGUCGCGCAACGGUGACGCCUGGAGAGACGCACUGCUUACUGGACUCGUGCAACGCGUUGACAGCGCCGCUGACGAGAUCCUGCGUAUGGGAGACGAUGAAGAUGGCCAUGAUGAGAGUGGCGGUGGUGGCCCGUGUGACGAAGCGGCUGCUGCAAAGGUGGCAAGGGCUGCUGCUGUAAGGCUGCAUUUGCUCACGCUGUUGUUUGACAAGAUGCGACUGCGUUGCGGUAUGGCCAUCGACGGCAGUACAGGUGAAGAGGCGUCUGAAGGCGGCGAUGUCGACGAUGGGGCAAAGAUGAAAGAAGGAAGUGGUAGGACUCGGCUAAGGCACAAGUUGCUGUCCCUGCUGCGGCUUGCUCGGAAGUCAACAAAACCGUCUCCGCCGUGGCUGGCGCCGCUGGUUCUCUUGCUUGAUAUCUAUCAAAAGGUUUCGGAUGCCACGAGACGAAGGUCGGCCUUAUGGCGCUUGUCUGCCCACAAAUGGAAGUACUUCGACACGACGAGCAACAAGUGGUGCGAGUACAGCACCGGCAAUAGCAAAACCAUCGACGACGCCUACUGGGCCGGAGAGCCGAGCGUUCGCAUCGUGGCCGGUGCCAGACGUCGGUACAUGAUCCACUUCCUCACGAUGGUGCAAGUGAGCGAGGAGACCAACAACGAACGGCCCGUCAUGAUGUGUCUCGACGAGGGCUGGCUCGACGACCUGCGAAAGAAGCGACCGCUCGGGCCACUGGUGGCCAGCAACUUGGAUCCCGACGCAGUCAACGCCAUCUUGCGGCUUCUCGUCCGCUUCACUGCCAACCACGAGAUGGCGCUGCGGUUUGUGCAGCUCGGCGGCGUCCGAUUGGUCUCUCGGCUGUCUCGCCGAAAUGCCAAUUUCCCGGGAGUGGACAGAAUGUUGGGACUGCUGUUGCGUCACGUUUUCGAGACGGAAUCUGCGCGCGAACGGUUGUUGACGUCGAUUGUGCGGGCCCAGUUUACGGUGGCUGGUGGCGGCGCUUCGUCGGCGGCAGCAUCGUCGUCGUCUUCGCCUCGGUGUCGCGAGUUGCAUUACGCCAUGCGCAGUUUGGCGCACGUGGCUGCGAGAGAUCCGUCUUCGUUGCAGAGAGUGUGCAAAACUCUAUUGCGACUCGAUUUCCAGUUGAUGCAGCGACGCGGGGAAGACGACGAACGAGGCCUGUUGGUGACGACCACCCCGAUCGACACUUUGACGACGUCGACGGAAACGUUUCCCAAGGAAGCCGUGGAAUGUUUAAAGUAUCUUUUGGACUAUGUCGCGUUGCUCGUGUCCACCGCGCAUGACGAAGGCGGCGCGAGAACGGAAGAGGAGAAGAAACAGAAGGAAGACGAGUUGCCGCCGCCGGAAGAUCCGGUCAUGAGCAAGGUGAUGGUGUGUCGGCUGGUUGCGGAAUUGAUUCGUUCGUUUCCGGGUUGCGGGAAGCGAGUGGCGGAACACGUGGUGUGCAGGAGGAAUGGGCAGACGUCGUCGUUUUUGUGCUACCUACUGGACGAUUUACUGCAUGUGAUGCGCAGCAGCAGCAGCGGUGGAGGAGGAAGUGGGAAUGACCAAUUACCCAUCAAAUCUGCUGAAAUUACGGAAUCAGAAACCAGCGUACGAGUCAUUGUUUCAUCCUUGGCCGCCGAGAAUGAUUGCCCGGAAUCCCAGUCGACGGCGGUGACGGAAGUGAAAGCAGCCCUGGGAAGAGCUCUUCGUUGUCCGGACAUGGAGCCUAAGCAAGCGAGGAUCCAGAGUUUGACUGCGCUGAUUCAGCUGAUGAUUGACACGUGUCCGCCGCCUUUAGACUCGGCAGGACUGCAUCCGGAUCUCCCGCGUCCCCCGCCCGGAGGCGGCAACAACGUCGUUCGUCUUCUGUGGAAAAAGGGCGUCCUCGCGGACUUGGCCAAGAUCCCUCACAGCUUGGAUUUGUCGUGUCCCGGACUCGCGGCCACUUUGAACCUGGUCCUGCGUCCCCUGGACUCGAGGACGAGGUCUCCAGGGAGUGCGAUUCAUUCGGCGCCGCAGAGGCAAGAUGGGGAAGUUGCCGGGGAUCGGGCCACACUCGCAGACCUGCUGUUUGCGUCUUUGUCUCGGGGUGCUGAUGAAGAAGACAUGGGUGCUGGUGCUGCCAAUGAUGUGCCAAUGCCGAGCCACGAUUCUCCGAUGCUGGUGCUGGAGGGUGACGGUGGUGCAGUGGCGAGUGCGAGUCAAGAGUUGGACGCCAUCAUCGACACUCUGUUGAAUUCUGGCCCCGCGCCCGCCGACGACCUGUUUGACCGUGGCAGCGACCGUGCCGGACGUCGCGGCGAAAACCGAGAUCGAGAUGAAGACCCGAUGGAGCUGGGCUACUUCUCCGAAAGUGGAGGACAUUACGAAGACGAAGAUAGCGUCGGAGCUGUGUCCGUCCCUCGUCACGUAGGCCUGGGUUUCUCAGACAGAGCCGAGUUGUUCAUGCUCACGGACGCGGAUAUGACGAAUGUGUCCAUCGAAAUGCCGCCGAACACUUUCAUGCACUUCUCCGCCAUGGCUGAUGUAGUGACGGCACUUGCCCCGGGCGUCGGUGGAAGUGGAGGAGCUGGCGGCGGUAAUUUGUGUAGUGCGCAUUGCGAUGCUGGAUUCUACACGCAUCCUUUGCUGACGUCGGCAGGCUCAGUUGCUGCUACUAAUGCCCCGUCAGCAUCAACGACAGCGGGUGCUGAUCACGCCGCUGCAGAUCCCCUGAUGCUGCAACAACAGCAGCAGCAGCAGCACACGCAUAGGUUGUCGGAUGCAGGGCGAACGUCGAGGAGGACGAAUCCACCUGCCAUUUUGCAACGGUUGCUGGGUCCUGGAGCUGCCAACGAUCUCUUGUCCGUGUCCGUCUCAGCCUCAAGACAGUUGGAUGCCGCAGCGUCGGCUGCUGCCUCAAUGGCGGCCGCUUCGCUCGGAGGCGGCGGUGGCGGACGCCUGCAUCAGCGUCUAGACGAUAUGAAUGAAUUCUACCUGACAACCGACGAUAUGCCGUGGGGCGAACAACGCCGUCGCAACUUGGCUGCCUUCCCACCACUCUCUGCCACUGUUGCAACUCCUGGCAGAGUCGACGUUGUCGAACUGUCCCUGACAAAUGGUAGUUGUUCAAGCAACGCGUCUGUCCCCUCGACUGUCCUUCGCUGGGUAGAAGAAGGCCAGUUGUUGGACGCGGAAGCCGGCCACGAAGUCUCACUCAUGGAACGGAAUGCCGUCUUGGCCCAGUUGGAAACUCAACGAACGCAGCACCUUUUUGCCAAGCGGGAGCGCGAACGGAAAGAAAGGCUGGCCGACGAACAGCGGAGGUUGGCCAAGGCCGCGUUCGACGAGCAAGUCGCCAUGGAAAAGGCGGCGGAGGCUGCGAGAAAGGCGGCUCAGGCGGAAGACGUGGCUGCUUUACUUGCCACAGCCACUGCCGUCGUCACUUCUGCCACAACGCUGACGCCGACGCCGGAAAACAAUGAAGAACAACGACCGACGGCGGAUGAAGGAGGCAGCCAGGAGCAGGAGCCAGUUGUGCAGUCGGAAGAGCAACAGAGAGUCGAAGAAGAAGAAGAAGAGGAGGAAGACCACGAACAGCGGCCGCCGGGAGACACUGCGAUUCCCGAGCAGCGAGAUGCAGUGUUUCAUGAUGCAACAGCAACAACAGCAGAUGUGCCGCCACCGGAAGACAUGGACGCCCAAGUGGUGCAAAUUGAAGAAGAAGUGGGCGAGAAAGACGAGACAGAAGAGGGCACGGCUCAUGAAGAAACUGAGCCCGCGUCUGAAGACCAAGCUAUGCCUGCAGUUGAAGGUGAAGAGGCGCCUGCUGCUGGUGCUCUUGCGGCGACAGGAGGAGGAGAAGAAGAGGGAGUAGCGGCGGCGGCAGCAGCAGAAACGACCAGCAAUAGGAGCAACGGAAUGCAGCGAGUGCCCCCGGAAUUCAUCGACGUUUUAGGCGACAUUGAGAUCCCGGAAGGAGUAGACCCGAGUUUCCUCGCAGCACUGCCCGAGGACAUGCGAGCCGAAGUGAUUUCGGAACACGUGCGUCUGCAGCAGUUGCGCGUCCGUGCGACGACAACUGCGGCAGCGGCGGCUGCAGCUGCAGCCGCCGCAGCCACUUCGACUACUGCCAGUUCCGCAGUAGCAGCCGAUGGCAGCGUGAUGGAAGUCAGCCCUGAAUUCCUCGCGGCUCUCCCGCCGAAUAUCCAGGAAGAAGUGCUGGCCCAACAGCGACUGGAGCAGCAGAGGGCCAGGUUAAGUGCACGUGGUGGUGAUGGCAGCGGGAGCGGCACCGGCGGGCCUGACGAUACCCUGGACACGGCGUCCUUUUUCCAGACUCUGGCUCCGGGUCUCCGGCAGCAGAUACUGGCCGAGAUGGAAGACACGCAGUUGCAGGCGCUGCCGCCGGAUUUGGCGGCGGAGGCCCAGGCGCUGCGGAGGCAGGAGACCGAGAGAGUUCGUCAAGACAUUGAACGACGGUAUUAUUCAGGCUCGUCGGCUGCCAUCACCUCCAUCAUCAGGUCGGGAGUCAUUGGAAACGGGCGGUUGUCGAGCCGCUACCAGGGUCACCACCAAGUGCCGUCGACGCGCGGCCGAUCGGACUACAUGUGUUCCCGGAUGUUUGCCGGCAACUCGUCACGCUAUUCGAAUUAUCCCUGGCAACGGUCUGCGCCGAUCACAGCGGCAGCUGCGGCGACGGCGGCUGCAGUGGCUGCAGCCCGUGGUGGCGGCGGUGGCGGAGCUGGUGGUAGCCACCAGUUGCAGUCGUCGUCGUCGUCCACACUGCGACUCCGUGGACGUCAGCUGCUGGACCACGACGGAUUGGCGUGCUUGCUCGUGUUGCUGUUUAUCGAUGACCCCAAGCUGCACGUGAAUCGGUUGCAUCGUGUGUUGAAGAACUUGUGUUAUCACCAGCAAACGAGGGACUGGAUCAUUGGGUCGCUGUUGAGCGUGUUGCAAAAGGCGGCGGCGGCGAGUGCGAGGACUACUGCGUCGCAGAAUGCUGUUCAGUCGCCAGAUGUCACCCCCAACUGGCUCACGUUGAGUUUGGACACUGCGCUUGGAAUGCGUGCUCAUAUCUUCCAGGUUUCGGCCGGUGAUACAGUGACUGGCAAUGACGAGGAAGAAGCGCUGGUGGAAUUUGGACUCCAUCAACAAGCGGCACCGGUUGUCAGCCGACAAGUGCUCGACACCAUGGUUUCCCUGGCCCGAUUUUUCCCGGCGGCAUUUUGGCCAACCCGGCAACAACAGCAGUUUGCGAGCCAUCAACAGCAGCACCAGCAACAACCUGCGGAGCCUGAGCCGAAGCCACCCAAGUCUGCCAACAAACUGCGGCAGUCGGCGUCGCACGAGACCAUCGCAGCGACGGCAUCGAGUUCUUCCCCACAUCCUCCGUCGUUUUGGGACGUCCUGGUGAGGCUGGACAGGUCGGCCGCCACUCCGACGACGCCUGGACGCAGCAGCAAGACGUCUGUGACGCGUUCGCAGAGUAGCGUGAGCGAGACAGAGGCCGGAAGUAGUGGCGGCGGCGCAGCUGCUGCAGCAACUGGAGUGACUAGCUUUGAAGCGGCGCCAGCGGGCCAGCUCAUGUCCCUGCUGUCGCAGUCUGUGAUUUCACGAAGUCCGGCGUUGACGGACCGGCUGUUGCGGGUGCUGAGUACUGUGUCCUAUGGGAUUCUAGCAUUCUUGAUUGCUGGAACAACGCGAUUAGGAGAGUCGAUUUCGAGGAACAUUGAGUGUCUCCUGCGGGAGCUGAGAGAAUUCAAUGCGAGCAGUGCGGUUGCUAGCCCCGGCGACGCCGCGGGCCAGCAGUCGACGUCUGCUGGCGGCGGCGGCGCAACCGCCACCGCCCUGGGCUGUGACGCAAACAAGGUGAAGGGUGGCGCUUUGCCGGAUCGGUUCGUCAAAGGUUCGAUGGUAGUGAUCAAUGCUCCGCCUUCUGGUGUCCCUGCUGGAGUGUCGGCGAUUCGCGGCGGCACUACCACCAAUAACGGCGCCGCCACUGGACUCGAGCUGCACUUGCCGAGCAUGAGUUUGCUGUCGGCCAAGUCUUCUGGUCAGGCCACGUUUCUCAGGCUGCUGAAAGUCAUCAUUCAAAUGAGGACAAAUGCUGCGAACGGGGAUCAGGGUCAAUCGCAGCAGUUCUUGUCGAGGAACGGCCGAGGAGGUGGACGAGGACCGAGUCACUUUCGAAUGCCGACGUCCAGAGCCCCGCGCAGCACCCAGUUGCGACGGCUCUUGUAUCCAGCUGACGUGUUGGAUGCCGUUGAGUUUGAUUCCGAUGAGCGAUACGCGCUUGAAGGUCUCGUUGGUCGCGGAUCUCGAGAUUCGCAAAGCGUUAUGGACUUGGACGCCACGACGACGGAUGCUUCUGAUGCACACUGGCCAGCAGCAGGUGGUUCAGGGCCCGCAGGAAACGCUGCUCCCGCUGUGGAGGCAUUUUUUCUAGUACACGCGUCACCAAUGAACUCUAGUGAUCGGAAGAACAGAGCAGCACAUGCUCAGCGGGAAUCGCGCGAGUCUCAGCUGGCCCACAUUCAGCAAGAGGACGUGAUGGCGCCGCUGUCCCCAGCAGCGAGCAGCCAUUUGCAAAGUGAUAGUCCACUGCUGAGUGGUGCGUCUGCAUCGGGACAGCAGCUUGCGCAACAGCCCGAACUUCCUCCGGAUACUCGGAAAUUCCUCAAGUUUGCGGAGACGCAUCGACAAGUGCUUAACCACAUUCUGCGACAGUCGACUGUGCAUUUGGCCGACGGGCCCUUUUCGGUGCUGGUGGACCACACGCGAAUUCUGGACUUUGACGUGAAGCGGAAGUACUUUCGCACGGAACUGGAGCGGCUGGACAUGAACCAUCGUCGCGAAGACCUGGCUGUCAACGUGCGUCGAAACUUCGUGUUCGAGGACUCGUUCCGCGACUUGUAUCGUCGUUCGCCGGAAGAGUGGAAGAACCGUUUCUACAUCGUGUUCGAAGGCGAAGAAGGCCAGGAUGCUGGUGGUCUUCUUCGUGAAUGGUACCUGAUCAUUUCGAAGGAUAUCUUCAAUCCGAACUAUGCCUUAUUCACUACGUCGCCGGGAGAUCGCGUGACUUACAUGAUCAACAGCUCGUCGCAUUGCAACCCGAGCCACUUGAUGUACUUCAAGUUCGUCGGUCGACUCAUCGCCAAGGCCGUGUACGACAACAAGCUACUCGAGUGCUACUUCACGCGGGCCUUCUACAAGCACAUCUUGGGCAAACCCGUGCGCUACACAGACAUGGAGAGCGAGGACUACGCCUACUACCAGGGCCUGGUCUACCUCCUGGAACACGAAGUGACGACGGACAUGGAGCUGACGUUCUCGCUGGCAGUGCAGGAGUUUGGCGUGACGGACGUGCGGGACUUGAUCUCGGACGGACGCCACAUUCCGGUGACGGAGGAGCGGAAGGCCGAGUACAUCCGGCUCGUGUGUCAGGAGAAGAUGACGGGCGCCAUUCGGAAGCAGUUGAAUGCGUUUCUCGAGGGCUUCUACGACAUCAUCCCGAAGCGGCUCAUCUCCAUUUUCAACGAACAGCUGGACAAAAUGGGCAUCAAGAGUAACAAGCACAAGUCGUCCAGAGAUGGGAGAAUCGGAAGUGGCAGUGGAGGAGGCUUUGGCGGCGGUGAUUACGCGUCAGACGCCAGCAGUGGCGGCAGUAGCGGCGUCUAUUCCGACUCUGCGAGCAGCCACGUCGAGCGACUGAGUCCCGAGGAGUUCGAUCGGGAAUUUGAAGUCAUGUUGGAUGACAUGAAUCUCUCGGACGAGAAGAAGGCGCCUUUGCGGGCCCAGCCAUUGGAGUCGAAGAAGAAAGUGCUGAGCAUGCAUUACCUUACAAAGAAAAAAUCGUUACACGGAUCCGGUGGCAGUGGAUGGUCAGGGGGACACGGUAGUGGCAGCAGUGGCGGCGGGACCGGCGCCGAUCGGAGAUGCGAAGAACCCGCGGACUACGUGGCGGUCCUGGGCCGUGUCCAGGACAUGAGUGCCAAGCACGUGCAAGCCCUCAUCACGUCCUUGAGAGUCGACCUCACCAAUCGCACUCUCGAAUGGGUCAAGCAGUUUGGCAACACUGGUCUGAAAUCCUUGUUGAAUGUCCUCGCCGACUGUCACGCGCGAAUAGGGGACCCAAAAUGGGAGAGGAUCCAGUUGGAAGUGAUUCGUUGCCUCAAGUCCACCAUGAACAACCGGAUCGGUCUGAAGCAGAUGUACGAGACCAAGGACUCAGUCGUGACGCUGGCCCGAUGCAUGGACCCGCGGGCCCCGGGCGUCAUGUUGGAAGCUGUCAAGCUAGUGGCUGCAUUGUGCAUCGCCAACAGAGAGGGCUACGAGCUCGUGCUCAACGGCAUCACCAUGUGCGCCGAGACCCGCGGGAUCCCGGGCAGUCAGUCCGCAGCUGAAGAACGGUUCUCGGGAAUUGUUGCCGGCCUCAAUCAGGACACGGCGUUGUUGCAAACUGCGUGUUUGCAGCUCACGAAUGCGUUGGUGUCGCAGCCGGAGGAGCUGGAGUUUCGGGUGCAUUUGCGAAACGAGUUCAAUCGGGCCGGGUUGGGGGACGCGUUGGAGAAGUUGCGACGGUGCGGGUCGGGGCUUGACCCGAGUCUCGCGACCCAGCUCCGAGUCUUUGACGAGCACAAGGCUGAGGACUACGAAGAUCUCUGCGCCAGAUUUGACGCGGAACGUGUGGCAUUGGAUGACCUGGACGAGUGCUUCGAGCUUGUGAAAAAUAUCGUUUUGGACACUCCUGCGGAAUUGUCCCUCUUGUCGAUUUUGCAACAUUUUUUAUUUAUUCGAGAUGAGCCGAAUGUGAGACCCGCCUAUUACCGACUACUGGAGGAAAUGGUCAGCCAAGUUGUUCUGCAUAAAACCGGAAUGGAUCCGAACUUUAGGCAUUUCGUCAUCGACAGGGAAGCCUUGCUGGAUGCCCUGCAAGUGGCGACAGUUCAAGCGCAGGCGGAAAUGCGCGGCGAACAGGAGCUGAGGAAGAAGCUGGACGAGACGUUGUUCAUGAAGGAAGAGCUGGAGGCGACGUUAGAGCAGACGAAGCAGCAGUUGAACGCGUACGAGGCCGGAGGAUCACCACCCGGUCGACCAGGAGGCGGGGGCGGCGGAGGAGGAGGUGGGGCGCCUCCUCCGCCGCCACCACCACCGCCGCCUGGAAUGGGUGGUGGCGGUCCACCGCCUCCCCCGCCGCCUCCACCGAUGCCUGGUGGGCCAGGAAUGCCGCCACCUCCACCGCCGCCCCCAGGGAUGAUGGGUGGAGUGCCGAUGUUUGGCGGGCCUGGGAUGCAGGCCACUCCCCCGAGAGCCAAAGAAGAGCUGCCGUUUGGGAUGAAACCAAAGAAGAAGUGGAAUUUGGAAGGUGCUACUUUGAAGCGGGCCAACUGGAAAAAGAUAACGCCCCAAAAGUUGUCCGAAAAGAGUUUCUGGGUGAGUGUGAAUGAAGAGAAGCUGGCGAAAGAAGAGGUUCUGGAAGGAUUGAAGGAGAAAUUCAAUACGAAGCCGACGAGAGGUGGAGGUCUAGGAGACGGAUCCGAAGGAGGUUUCGGUGGCAAGAUAACGCCCCAAAAGUUGUCCGAAAAGAGUUUCUGGGUGAGUGUGAAUGAAGAGAAGCUGGCGAAAGAAGAGGUUCUGGAAGGAUUGAAGGAGAAAUUCAAUACGAAGCCGACGAGAGGUGGAGGUCUAGGAGACGGAUCCGAAGGAGGUUUCGGUGGCAAGGAAGAGCCGCCGGGCGAGUUUGUGGACAGGAUGCUCGCGGUGAAACUGGCCAUUUUGCAGUGCGACAUGUCCCUGUUGUCGGACACCGUCAUUCAGCAACUCAUUCAAUACAUGCCGUCUCCGGACCAGGUGCAGCGCUUGGAGCAGUUCCGUCUCGAGUACGACAACCUGCCUGAAGCUGAGCAAUUCGCUCUCACCGUCGGCAGCAUCAAGCGAUUGGUGCCUCGACUCAAGUCCCUGGCAUUUUGGCAACGCUUUGACGAGAUGGUGCAGGACGUGAAGCCGAGCAUCGUUGCUGCGACGGCGGCCUGCGAAGACGUGAAAAAGUCCAAGAGCUUUCACAAGCUCCUGGAGCUGAUUCUGUUGAUUGGGAAUGUGAUGAAUGCUGGGUCCAAGAAUGCCGAGAGUGUCGGCUUCGAGAUCAGCUACUUGCCAAAGUUGUGCAACACUAAAGACCGGGAGAACAAGCAGACUCUGAUGCAUUACCUGUUUGAGAUUGUCGAGAAGCAUUAUCCGGACUGUGGACUCUUUCUAGAUGACCUUUUCCACGUGGAGCAGGUGAAGAAAUUGCGAUUAUGGCGAAAAAUGAAUGUUACAAAACGCUUUGAAGCUAUGUCGCUUCAAGAGGGUCUGGAGACGGACUUGAAAAACUGCAGCCCCAAGGACUUGAACAACAGCGGGUCGGUUUCCGAGGACAGGUUCGUCGAAGUCUUGGGUGGGUUCGCAGUGGAGGCCAGACGCCAAUACGAGAUCAUCGAGAAGAUGUACAUAAAGAUGGAUAAACUCUACUCUGAAAUGGCAGAGUACUUCGUCUUUGACAAGACCAAGUAUACGUUGGACGAGUUCUUCACGGACAUUAACCAGUUCCGCGAGGAAUACAUUAAAGCGCAAAAGGACAUAUUCAAGCAGCGGGAGACGGCGGAGAAGUUGCGGUUGGCGCAGGAACGGAAGGCGAAGCUGGAGGCGGAAAAGGUGGCUGCAGCGGAGAAGCGAAAGGCCCUGGUGAACCUGAACACGGAUGACGACCAGGAAGGAGUGAUGGACAACUUGUUAUUGGCCCUGCAGUCUGGGGAGGCCUUUGGACGAGGUGCAGCCAACAAACGGGCCCGUCCUCAACACCAGCCGAGGACCUCUGCCGGGGAAAGACGAGCUCAGAUGCAAAGACAACGUUCCAAGAACAACCUCCUGCACCAGAGCAGCAACAAUGGCGACGACAUGCAGCUACGCAGCAUCCUGGGCGGGGAAAGACGAGCUCAGAUGCAAAGACAACGUUCCAAGAACAACCUCCUGCACCAGAGCAGCAACAAUGGCGACGACAUGCAGCUACGCAGCAUCCUGGGCGGUGGCCCAGGGCCAGGUAGGAGCAACAAGGCCGCCAUGUUGCUGAACGACGGAGGACGGGAAAGACCCGCGCGACCGGUUCUCUCGUGAAGACACCGGAUGUGUACAAUGAAGUACGUGAUGAUGCAGAUGGCGGGAAGAGAUGAGAUGACUUAUAUCAUGCGUUGUUUUAAUUGUUUUCAAGCCUGAAUCUUCGGGAAACCUUUUAUUAUUACUUUUUCGGUGCUCCUGCUGCGAGCAAUUCGAAUAUGAGGUACCUCGAACUGUUUCGGUUGACCUUUUUACGCGGAAAUUUUUUUGGUUAUUUUUUUUUUCGCCGGGUGAUUUUGAAGAACAAUUCGAAGAAGAAAAAGAAAGUAGGGGGAGGGGAGAAAGAAGCAGCACCGAUGAAUUGUGAUGACGCUUUUCUCGUGCGUUUCAUCUUCCCUUGGAUUGUUUGUUUGUUGCUCUUGUGUUCGAUUUUCGCCAUUCCACAAAUUUCAUUCAUUUUAUUUUAUUUUUCAAGUCUGAGCUUUCAAGUGAGAUUGACAGAUUUAUGGUUGCAUUUCACCAGUUAUUUGUGAGACAAAUUUGGUUCCUGCUCUUCUCUCGUUGCAGUUGAUUGAGUUUUUAGAUUUGGUCUGAACGCCGUGUUUUUUGCAUAGGUGUCGCCUUUUUUUGGCAUUCAGUUCAGUUUAAAUCAUGUUAGAUCUAGUUUAGAGUCAGAUUAUGAAAUAUGAUGAGGGUUGUUCCGUUUCCGGGAAAAUUUGCACGUGCAUGCAGCUUUUGGCAUAUGCAAACGUAUAUGUUUGGGCAUUUAGAAAAAUUCAGAUAUUUUUGAAAUGAAAUUUCUUUAUUUUUGCAGCCCUUUGAUAAAAGGUAGUGGAAUAUAUGAUUCAGUUGGGGUGGACUAGUUCAAGAGGAAUCGUCCCGAAUUCCCAAGGGGGGGAUGAAGACUUUUUUCGGAAAUGCAACAACCCUCGCAUGUGUUAGACUAAAUGAGAUGAGACCAGUUUUUUACUUUUUUUUUUCAAGUAGAAUCUUCAAGGAAUUGGUGUAACCAACCUGCCAGUGAUUCAGGCGACACCUAACAUACGUUCCAGGAAACGGGGUUGGAGGUACGCUGAUAAUUAACCUUGGGGAAGUGAUGUUCGAAUUUAACCCAUGAAUUCGCAACGCCCACCGCAUUAUUUUUGCAAUGAACACUCAUACAGAGUUGAUUUGUUUUUCUAAAGGAAAUUUUCUCCGAAAAGUGAGCGACGUGAUGCGAAACGAAUCCUUUUGGACGAAAUCCCAGUGUGUGCUUCCAAACUAGAGGGUUUCUUUUUUUUUUCCUUAUAUCUGCCGUCCAACAUGCUUUUUUUUUUGGUGAGUGACGAAAUGCUGUGUACGAGGUGAAAAAUUCCAAAAGCAGGUAUUAUUUAUUUUUUGCUACUGAGCAAAGUGGGGGUUUGUCUUCCUGGAUGAGCCUAUGAUUGAAAAGGUUUGUCAUCGGGGGUUCAUCAGACCAAGAAAUGAAUGAGUGCGCGGUUUUUUGGAAA